CCCAGAGCCCCCACACAUUAAAGAGGAACAGGAGAACCAAGAACCCCCACACAUUAAAGAAGACCAGGAAGAACUCUGGACCAGUCAGGAGGGAGAGCAGCUUCCAGGGCUAGAGGAGGCUGGGUUCACGUUCUCAUUCACUCCUGUGAAGAGUGAAGAUGAGGAAGAGGAAGCUCAUUCCUCACAGCUUUAUCAAAGGCAAACUGGAAAUAUGGAAACAGAUGCUGAUGGAGCAGAUUGUGGAGGACCAGAACCAGACAGGAACUCAGAUACUGAUGACUGUGAUGAUUGGAAGGAGAUCAGAGAACCUCAAUCGGGUUUUAACUCUCUGAAUAAUGAUGAAGUUUAUGUCAGUGAUUCAAAAUGUAGUGCUGGUGAAAAAACAUUAAGCUGCUCUGAAUUUGGGAAAAGAGUUUUGAAUAAACACAUGAGAAGCCAAACAAGUGAGAAAACAUUCAAUUGCUCAGUUUGUGAUCAAAGCUUUAAGCGCAAGUCAAGUCUGAAGAGACACAUGUUAACUCACACAGGAGAGAAACCUUUCAGCUGCUCAGUCUGUAAAGCAGCUUUUACACAUAGUGGAAGUUUAAAGGCUCACAUGUGUACUCACACAGGAGAGAAACCGUUCAGCUGCUCAGUCUGUAAAACAUCUUUUACACAGAGUGGAACUUUAAAGGGUCACAUGUUGAUUCACACAGGAGAGAAACCUUUCAGCUGCUCAGUCUGUAAAACAUCUUUUACACAGAGUGGAACUUUAAAGGGUCACAUGUUGAUUCACACAGGAGAGAAACCUUUCAGCUGCUCAGAGUGUAAGCAAUCUUUUAAACGGAGGGGAGCUUUAAAUCGACACAUGUUGAUUCACACAGGAGAGAAACCUUUCAGCUGCUCAGAGUGUAAAUCAUCUUUUGCACAUAGGAGAACUUUAAAUAUUCACAUGUUAACCCACACAGGAGAGAAACCUUUCAGCUGCUCAGUCUGUAAAACAUCUUUUUCACAGAGUGGAACUUUAAAUACUCACAUGUUAAUUCACACAGGAGAGAAACCUUUCAGCUGCUCAGAGUGUAAAACAUCUUUUACACAUAAGAGAAGUUUAAAUACUCACAUGUUAACUCACACAGGAGAGAAACCUUUCAGCUGCUCAGUCUGUAAAAUGUCUUUUACACAUAAGAGAAGUUUAAAUACUCACAUGUUAACUCACACAGGAGAGAAACCUUUCAGCUGCUCAGUCUGUAAAAUGUCUUUUACACAGAGAGAUCAUUUAAAUAGACACAUGUUACAUAGCUGCAAACUUGUCGCUCUUCAACCAAGUUUCUUCAUUUCUAACUAACACACACACACACACACCCACACCCCUCGCCCCGUUAUUGCUUGAUGUUGUUAGGGAGUAUACUUGUAAUUGUGUAAUACAGUUGUUGAAGUGUUGAUCUAAAAUAUUAUUGAAUAUUAUGAGUAUUUUUAAGGUAAAUAAACUGUUAUAGUUUUAGA